AUGGCUCUAAGAUUUCUCAAUAGCAUACCUGGGGUCAACAUUGGUGACGACAACUCUCUGAGCCUACCCACCUCAGUCCCCCAGGUGCCAACUCCAGCCAACGAGGCUGAGGCCUCUUUCAGCCAUAGAGUGGCCUCCACGUUCCAACAAUUGAACCCGUUCAGCGAUUCCAACGGUGCUAUUAGUCUCACGAGUGAUGAGGUUGUUACGUCGGAACCUGGGCUUCUACAUCUCUCCAAGUUCGAGAGGCUUUCCGUCUUCGCUAUCACACUCGCAGGGUCCGCACUCUGUUUCAUGCUCUGUUUCUUUCUGACGCCAGUAUUCAUGGUUAGACCGGCAAAAUGGGUUCUUUUGUGGACUCUGGGAUCAACCCUAUUUCUGGUGUCAUUUGGAGUGCUUCAGGGCUUUCGCAAGUACGCAGCCCAUCUUUUUAGUGUACAGCGAUUGCCUUUCACUGUGACUUAUUUUGGCAGUAUUGUAUUGACCUUGGUGUUCUGUUUGGUUCUGAGGUCCGUUUUUCUGGCUUUCAUCGCGUGUCUUGUGCAAAUGGUUGCUGCCAUAUGGUACACUGUGAGUUACUUCCCUAUGGGAACACGCGGAUUACAGGUGACCACCGCGGUCGCAAGAAGUCAGGUGGAAGGUUGGUUAACUGGUUAG